AUGAAGAGGGCAAAGCUUGAUAAAACACAUAAUAAAAAAAAGGCAAAGCUUGAUAAAACAGAUACACAUUCUGCAGCUGUAGCUCCUCAGGAUGUUGAACUUGAAGAAGAAGCUAAUGACAUUGAUGUUGUGGAGGUAGAUGUUAAAGUAGAUGGUGAAGAAGAUCGUGUAAAAAUGGAAAGGGAAAGGUGGUCUGAGGUAUGGAACUAUUAUACCAGACUUCCAAUUGGUACAGAUGGUAGGGAAAGGGCUGAAUGUGAUAAGUGCAAAAAAAGAUACAUUUGUGAAACAAAAAAUAGGACAGGUGAUAAAGAGUUAUAUUUACAAGAUCUUACACAAGAUGUUAUGAAGCUGGAUAGCAAUGCCAAUGGUACACAUGAAGAAAUGGAGUCACAAGCUUGA